UGUGACACCUGAAGAAACAUGACGUCCAUUAUCAAGCUGACAGCCGUGUCAGGUGUUCAGGAGGAGUCGGCUCUCUGUUACCUUCUGCAGGUGGAUGAAUUCCGCUCUCUGGACUGUGGCUGGGAUGAGAACUUCUCAAUGGACAUCAUUGAUGCCAUGAAACGAUAUGUUCAUCAGGUCGACGCUGUGCUCCUCUCCCACCCUGACCCCAUUCACCUUGGAGCCCUGCCGUAUGCUGUGGGGAAACUGGGUCUAAACUGUACUAUCUAUGCUACAAUCCCUGUUUACAAGAUGGGUCAGAUGUUCAUGUAUGAUCUUUACCAGUCUCGAAACAACAGUGAAGAUUUCAAACUCUUCACCCUCGAUGAUGUGGACUGUGCUUUUGAUAAAAUUCAGCAGCUGAAAUAUUCUCAGAUUGUCAAUCUUAAAGGAAAAGGCCAUGGUCUCUCCAUCACGCCUCUUCCCGCCGGUCACAUGAUCGGAGGCACUAUUUGGAAAAUUGUUAAGGACGGGGAAGAGGAGAUUGUGUAUGCUGUGGACUUCAACCACAAGAGAGAGAUCCACCUCAACGGCUGCACACUGGAGAGCAUCAGUCGUCCUUCUUUACUUAUCACAGACUCCUUCAAUGCUACAUAUGUGCAGCCCCGUCGUAAACAAAGAGAUGAGAUGCUGCUAACUAACGUAAUGGAGACUCUGCGCGGUGACGGCAAUGUCCUUAUUGCCGUGGAUACAGCUGGACGCGUGCUGGAGCUGGCUCAGCUGCUGGAUCAGAUUUGGAGGACAAAGGAUGCUGGGCUGGGAGUUUACCCACUCGCUCUGCUGAACAAUGUCAGCUAUAACGUGGUGGAGUUCUCCAAGUCUCAGGUGGAGUGGAUGAGUGAUAAGCUCAUGAGAUGUUUUGAAGACAAAAGAAACAACCCGUUCCAGUUUCGUCACCUGACGCUCUGCCACAGUCUGACAGACCUGGCCCGAGUGCCCAGCCCUAAAGUGGUACUCUGCAGCCAGCCCGACCUUGAGUCUGGCUUUUCCAGAGAACUCUUCAUCCAGUGGUGCCAAGACGCCAAAAACUCUGUGAUCCUGACUUACCGCACAACACCUGGAACCCUCGCUCGCUACCUCAUCGACAACCCCGGAGAGAAGAUGCUGGAUCUGGAGGUGAGGAAAAGAGUGAAGCUUGAAGGCAAGGAUCUUGAAGAAUUCCUUGAGAAAGAUAAAAUAAAGAAAGAAGCGGCUAAAAAGCUGGAACAAGAAAAAGAAGUGGAUGUCGACUCCAGCGACGAGAGCGACAUGGACGAUGAUCUGGAUCAGCCAGCGGCAGUGAAAACCAAACACCAUGACCUGAUGAUGAAGGCUGAGGGGAGCCGCAAGGGCAGCUUCUUCAAGCAAGCCAAAAAAUCGUAUCCCAUGUUCCCCACACAUGAAGAGAGAAUUAAGUGGGACGAGUACGGGGAAAUUAUCAGGCUAGAAGAGUUUCUGGUUCCUGAGCUACAAGCCACAGAGGAGGAGAAAAACAAGUUGGAAUCUGGGUUGACGAACGGUGAUGAACCCAUGGACCAGGAUUUAUCUGUUGUUCCUACGAAGUGCAUCUCAAGCAUAGAAAAUCUGGAAAUCAGGGCGAGGGUGUCCUACAUUGACUACGAAGGUCGCUCUGAUGGCGACUCCAUCAAGAAGAUUAUUAACCAGAUGAAGCCCAGACAGCUGGUGAUCGUUCAUGGGCCGCCGGAGGCCAGCCUGGACCUGGCUGAUUCCUGCAGAGCUUUCAGCAAGGACAUCAAAGUGUACACGCCCAAACUGCAGGAGACUGUGGACGCCACCAGUGAAACACACAUCUACCAGGUGCGGUUGAAAGACUCCUUGGUGAGCUCGCUUCAGUUCUGCAAAGCCAAAGACACUGAGCUGGCCUGGAUCGAUGGCGUGCUGGACAUGCGGGUGGUGAAGGUGGACAUGGGAGUGAUGCUGGAGGAGGGGGCGAAAGAGGAGUCAGAGGAAGGCGAAAUGGCCAUGGAAGUGGCCCCAGAUCUUGGCAUCGACCACAGCGCUGCAGCGGUGGCAGCCCAGCGAGCCAUGAAGAGCCUGUUCGGGGAGGAUGAGAAGGAGGUUUCUGAGGAGAGCGACGUCAUUCCCACGCUGGAGCCUCUGCCUCACACUGAGAUUUCAGGGCAUCAGUCGGUGUUCAUCAACGAGCCACGCCUGUCUGACUUCAAGCAGGUCCUGCUGAGAGAGGGCAUCCAGGCCGAGUUCGUAGGAGGAGUGCUGGUGUGCAACAACAUGGUGGCUGUCCGCAGGACGGAGGCCGGACGCAUUGGCUUGGAAGGCUGCCUGUGUGACGACUACUAUAAGAUCCGGGAGCUGCUGUAUCAGCAGUAUGCUGUGGUAUAGCAGCAGCAUCAGGAGGAGGAGGAGGAGGAGGAGGACACGCCGCAGAGAGUUAACCACAGCAAUACAGAGACAAUCCUCACAGAGGACUUUACUGAGAGGAGAAGAGUCAAACACACUCACGGGCUGCUCUUGCGGUUUCACUGCAAACCUUGUUGUAAAUUUUCCCCUUUUAUAAUUUUGUUCAAGGUAACUUUUUUAUUGUUAGUUUGUUUUCAUAAUGUGAGAGGCAGGUGACUAACCUCUCUGUACGAACAAUCGUAAGGUUCAUUACUCAAUUCAGCCCACUGUACAGAAACAUCGUAAGUGAUGCGUCUCCCCUCCAAUUCUGUCAUUAAAACCAUUUUUUUUUUU